UUUGUGGUGUAUGCGGCCAACCUAGCUACGCCAUAACACUGUUAGAAGAUAGGAAAAACAACCUGCAUGUGUACGCCAGAAAUCAGACGUAAAACUGUAGUUCAUCAUGAGGAUUAUUAGAGGAUGAGUGAUGAUGAUUUUCUUAGAAGAAAAAUAAGCAUUUCUUCAGAUAGAGAAUUAGACAAUUUACAAUUAAUUCCGAGCCUUGAGAGCUCACACACAAGCAAAUACAUGGAUUUCCGAAGCCAAAAGCCAGGAAUGUCUGAUCCUCCACAUAGAAGCUCACACCAAACUCACGAUGAUCCAAUGGGGAGUCCUCGGAAAACGUGGACCGAAGAGAAUGAGUCACAGAGAAACCAGAAGGAUUCUGAUGAGGAACUGACACCAGUGAAAAAGUUACGAUACAAGGAUACAGCAGAACUCAGGGAAGUAACCUCAGGUAAACCUCCAAUGGGAUUGGAUCGGGAAUACAGUGAUGUGUAUUUGGAAAGUAACUUGAGAACUCCAAGGUACGGAACUCAAGCAAGUUAUAGUGACAUGAUCGAAAGUUUACACGAGCAGGACCCAUUUCAUGGUGAUUAUAGACCCUCAGGGAAGACCAAAAAAUCAAAAAGCAAAAAACACAAGAAAGAUAAAGAUAAGUCCCAAGAAGGUAGCAGCAGUAGCUUUGCAGUUAGUGAUCCACUUUCAAGGUCUUCGAAAAGGCAUUCAAAGAAAGGAAAGAGGUCAGAGGUGAAUGACAGUACAGGUACAUACACCAUACAAGGAGUAAGCAACAAAUCCUUCAGUGACGCAGGCCCUGCUGUGGAUUCCGCAUCAGUGAAAAGUAACGGAACCUAUACUCUGAAAGAUGAGGACAAGGAUUGCGUUGAUGGAAUGAGACUAAGUAAGAAAGGCCCAGUGGGAUUUUCUAAAAAGAGAACAACUAGGAGAUCAACCUUGAAGUUUGGAGCAUCAAGAAUCAAUCAGAGAUCUCUAAGGGAUUUUGUGAUUAAGAACAAAAUUAUGAUAAGAAUUCCUUUGAAAGAAGAUGAAUUAGAAAGUUCAUUGAGAAAACAUCAUAUUCAUCUCCACAAGCCAACAAAACAAGUGUGGCAUUAUCACACACAUACCAAGCAGGAGCCCUCAGAUUCUUUUGGAUUGAUUAAUUUCAAAGGAUUUGGAAGUGAAAUUGAUGCCUCCCCAUACCUUCGUUGUGCGCCAGACACCAAAGCUGACAUUGUCUGGGAUAUGAUGAUUAAUCAGUGGCAUCUGGAGCCACCACAGCUAAUCAUCUCAGUCACCGGUGGUGCUCAACGGUUUGACCUGAAGCGCAAAAUGCAGGAGACAUUUAAAAGAGGUCUGAUGAAUGCAGCAACAUCAACAUGUGCUUGGAUCAUCACUGGAGGGACAAGAACAGGGGUGAUGGAAUUUGUGGGGGAUGCUGUCAAGGACCACAUCAUCACGUCGGGCCGUAAGAAUGAUGUGGUGGUACUAGGGGUGGCUACUUGGGGAUGUGUGGCCAAUAGACAAGCUCUGGACGGGGAGGAGCAGAGAAAUCUUAAAGAUAACGGGGGCCAGAAAAAUGGCUUAUUCCCAGCAGUGUACUCCAAAACGGAUGUGAUGGAGGCUCAGUUAGCAUGCUCAAGGAAUGUACCUCUGGAUGAGAACCACUCUCACUUCAUUCUGAUCGACGAUGGCUCAGAAAACAAAUUUGGUGGAGAAAUAGAGUUCAGAACUAGUCUGGAGAAGUACAUCUCAGAGCAGAGUGUGGACCCUGAUGACAAGGAGUCCUAUCUAUGUUCUAAUAAUAAUGAUGAUAAAACUCUAACCAUCCCGGUGAUUUCUAUCAUCGUUGAGGGAGGAAUCAACUCUAUGAAGACCGUGUGGCAAUCUGUGAUGAGGGGGAUCCCGGUGCUAGUGCUCCAGUCCUCGGGGAGAGCAGCAGACUUCAUCGCUCACGGCUACAACAUCACUGCCAACAAACUCAAUGAAGAAAAAAGCUACUUCCCUAAAACUUUUAAUGAUGAAAUGGAGAUGUUAGCCAACAGAGUUUUUGAGUGGAAGGAAAAAGAUUUGCCCAGAAAGCCAGCAUUGGUGGCCAACUGUUUAAAACAACUUAGAGAGGCUUUAGAACAUAGAGAAAUGUUGACAGUGUUUGAUUUGAAUGACAAUGAAACAAAAGAGUUUGACAGAGCCAUCUUGUACGCCCUGUUAAAAGCCAACAGAUCUAACACGAACGCCCAGCUGAGUCUGGCCCUGGCCUGGGACAGGUCAGACAUUGCCAAGAAUGAGAUCUUCACAGCCUCGAACAAGACCAACUAUCAGAGGAAAUCAAGUAAAAUGUACAAAGAGCUGAAGCUUGAUGAUGCUAUGAUGACGGCUCUGAUACAGGACCGUCUGGAGUUUGUCAAACUCUUCCUGGAGAAUGGCAUUGAUCUAUCCCAGUUUCUGGACAUCCGCAAUUUAUGGAACCUCUACUCAAAUUGUUUUAAUGACAAAACAGAUGGUUCUGCACAGUUGCUAAUGAACAGGAUAAACUAUUUAAAGCAAACAUGGGGUGCAUAUUUGUGUUGUCAAAAGGUAGAGGAUACUGGAGUUGAACCUGACCUUUUAAACUACAUUGGAAAGGUCAUAGUUCAUCUCCUUGGUGAUGAGGCCAUGAAUAUGUACUUAGGAAAUGAGUUUGAUGUCGUUGGUGAAGAGGUGGUGUUUGGAUACAUUCCAAGGAGCGAGGAGCCCUGUCACGAUUACUUGGGAAAAGGAAAGAAAUUAUCUAAGAAGAAAUCCAAAAUAUUAUGGCGGGGAAACCUGAAGAACCCUGCCAAGCACUUGUUUAUAUGGGCCGUCCUGAUGAACCGCAUGAGCCUUGCUAAACUCUUCUGGAGGAUUGGAAGUGACCAUAUUGGAGCUGCUUUGUUUGCUAGUUGUUUGCUGCAGAAUUUGUCUAAAGUGGCUGAUGAUGAAGAAGAGAUAGAACUCAGUCUUACAUUGGAACAAAACUCUUCAGAGUUUGAGAAGCUGGCCUCAGAGAUCCUUAGCAUUUGCUGCCUACAGAACCGCUACCUGUCCCACCAGUUGUUGGUCAGGGAACUAAGUGAGUUUGGCAACACCACCCUUUUUUGCCUGGCUGACGAAAACAACUUAAUGGACUUCAUGGGCCAGACCUGUUGUCAGACCAAGCUUAAUGCCAUCUGGAAAGGACACAUGGCCCUGUACACCUCCAGUAUAAAGAUUGUGGCAUCCAUAUUAAUACCUUUCCUCAUACCUGCCGUAAAAUUUGUGGACAAGAAAGCGAUACGUGAUGGAUACGAUGAUCUAGCACCUCUUCAUUCCACUGAAGAGGAUUUAAAGAUGGAAGAAGACGACCUUACUGCGUGCAAAGACAGCCCUGAGAAGUUAACAAGUUCAAAUGGAAAGGUGGCUCCUAUUCAAGAUUCCAAAAAAAAGAUCCUCACGAAAAAGUUUAAGACUGUCACCCUGUUUGGAGGUGGUCAUGAUGAGAGUGGGGGCUUGAACCUUUUCCGUGCCAUUUUUUUCUUUUACACUGCACCAGUAACAAAGUUUACAACAGCAAUGUUUGCCAACAUUGUGUUUCUGGGGAUGUUUUCCUUCUUUGUUUUGACUGACCUGCAUCCCAUUGGUGAGAAUGGUGCCCCCUCCCUUGUGGAGAUCUUCUCAUGGAUAUACACAAUCACGAGUGCAAUAGAAGAAAUCAGACAGGUUUUAACCAGGGAUCAGCGAUCCGUGUGGUACAAGAUUCGGAGCUGGUAUGGCAGCGUGUGGAACCGCUUUGACUUCCUGAUGUACCUUUUCUUUUUUACCUCGGUCAUUCUGCGACUUUCGCUGUAUGGGGAGGACUUUAUCUGGGCCCGCAUGCUGUACAGCUUGACAUUGGGAAUGUAUUUCAUCCGCUUCAUGCACUUUUUCUAUGCAGAGAAAAAUAUUGGGCCUAAAGUCAUUAUGAUCUCUAGAAUGUUGACUGAUCUAAUGUUUUUCCUGUUGAUCCUGCUGGUGUUUAUCCUGAGUUUUGGGGUAGCUUAUCAGGCCAACUUGUACCCCAACGCUCCCCAACAGUGGACAGUUCUGAAGGAUGUGUUGUACCACCCAUACUGGCAGAUGUAUGGAGAACUGUUCCUGGAAAAUAAAGAAGGUAAUGACCCAUCAGAGGAAGCAGGGACCUGUACAAAUAACGAGACGCUCUGGAGGUCGGGGGAGAUGGACCGUUGUCCCGAGAAAAAUGCAAUGGUUGUAUUGUUGAUGGUGACAUACAUGCUAUUGACCAAUAUUCUUCUAGUCAACCUGUUGAUUGCUAUGUUCAGUGACACGUUCCAGAAAGUCCAGGACAACUCUGAGAAGGUGUGGAGGUUCCACAGGUUCUCCCUGGUCUACGAGUACUAUGAGAGACCCGCCCUCUUUCCACCAUUGAUCAUACUGAAUCACAUGUACCGUGCCAUCAGGUGGCUGAUCGUGCGGUGUAGCAAGUGCUGCAAUGAUGGAAUAUACACCAGAAACAGCUUUAAACUGAAGCUGAGUGAGAAGGACCUCAAUAGACUGUCUCUGUUUGAGCGUGGGGCGAUGGAGGAGUACAUGCACUCUGUGUUUUCCCUGGAGAAUGACAAGAUAGACAAGAAAAUACAAACAACGUCUGAAAGACUGGACAGAAUAAUUCAGGAACUGGAUAACAUUAAAGACAACGUAAUGGUCAAGGAGAGAUCAUUUGGUAUGGAGGCUCCGAAUACUGCAAGGUCAACAUCUAUAUCGAACAUCGACACGGAGGUCUACUCAUCCAGGAAAACUCAUUCGCAGUUAGAGGUGGAAAUGGACCAGUUGUCAAACUUUGUAAGAGAAAACAUGCUUGCCCUGAAUUCAUCUGUACUUCGCUUGGAGAAACUGGUUGUGGCAUCCACAAGGCAACAAAAACAGCAGCAAACUCUGGACAUCACCCACGUGCAGUCAGAGAUCUGAUCUUACAUGGUUGUUGUAAGGAGAGAGUUUUAUCUGUGAUAUAUUAAACUGUAUCAGGGUGUCUUUUAACACAGAUUUUAACCCGACUAAACUGGAAUUCAGCCAAAUUUCAUCUUUUCUUCACACACUCUCAGCAUCAGUUCGCAGAAACAAGAAUAUUGCUUUCACACAAUUUUUCAGGAACUACCGGUAAACAUGUAAUUAAGUUUAAUAUUGAUUUGUCUUGCCACUUGGCAAGAUGUGAUUCUCCUUGUAGUGAUGGCAGAUACAUAUUUGUGAGCUGUUACUGUAGAACUGGUUAACUAGUACAUGUACAAAUGUACAUUGUAAAAUAAUAUUUUAUGUGCAUUGAACUUGAAUUUAGCCUUCCAACAUUGAUGAGUGUGCCUUAUGCAUAUUUUAAUUUCAACCAUAUUAUUCUAUUCUUUUUCCGUUACUUUUUAGUAAUUUGUGAUCCUCUUUAGCAAGUUUGGAGAGAGAGAGAGAGAGAGAGAGAGAGAGAGAGAGAGAGAGAGAGAGUAAUAAGCAGUAUGUGAAUAUUAUUCAUUCAUAUAAAUUUUAAAAAUAUAGUGAUUUCAACUUCAGCUCACUUAACCAAAGUAUCUGAGAUAUUAAUGUUGGAGAGACCAUGGUUUAAAUGUACAUGUAUGUAGAUCUUACAAUGGAAAUGUUAUUUCUUAUACUUUUAAAUUUAUAUUGAUAUAAUUUUAUUACAUUUUAGAAGUCCUUUUUAUUUUGCAUAUUUAUUCAUGACAACUUUUCUAAUGUUAUUUAUCUGUGAUACAACUGUACAUGAUUUUUAUUUAGAUUUAGAAGGUUUUGAUCAGAUUGCUUGCAUAUCACAAGUAAUUUUAUUUCUACUUUUUUAAAAGGGAUAUCAAAUGUUUAAAAAGUGAGAAUGUUCAUUGGUUGUAUUUGUUUAUUUAUAUGUACAUGUUUAUUUUUUGAAAAUGAAUACAGCGAUACUCAUCUACUUUCUUGAUGAUAUUAUCAAUUGUUAAAAUGAUCUACUCAGGGUACAUGUACAAAGUACUUGUUUGAAUUUCAUAAAAGUUAAUGUUACAUCAUCAUUUCACUUUCAGUUAUAAAAAAAGUGAGGAUUUUUUCCUUCAAGUUUUUUAUUCUCCACUAUUUUUCAUGUGUUAAUAAUUUCGUUUUUUAAAAUUAGUAGAAAACGUGUGGAUAAGUUAUGCGUUUGACUAAUUUUUGAAAAAAUUUAUUGUCACAAUUUAAUAAAACAGAUUGAUGGAAUGUGCUCUAUGAUCAUGAUCUUGAUUAUUAAUGUGCCACUGAGCACUCCCUCAAAAACAAUGUACCAAUACUUCUGGUCUGUCCAUUUUACUAGAAACAUCCUUUAUAUGAGAUUCUAACAUAUGUUGUAUUUUGUUGAUUAUAUACACAUUCUUAUAAUCUUUCCUUGUCUCGUAAUAAACUUUUAAACUUGAA